AUGGUCCUGCAGUCUCUCCGCGUUUUCUCUCAGGCGGACGUACUCCGAUCAGGAGGCGAAGCGAACGCGUCGAAGGACGAUAAUAUCGCGACAUGUCUACUCAUGAUUGUUUGGACCUUACUCCCGUGCACCAGGCCGCGGAAACCGACCAAGAUCGACAACCACGAAGACAAUUCAAAGGUCGACAGAAUGCAAACAGCCGAAACCGACCUUCACGGUCAUACCCCCGGAGUUCCUGAGGACAAAAGCGUUUCAGAUGCUGUACAACAGCUUGCAGCCACAGAAACACAGAAGCGCCAUCUUGGAAAUCCUCAGCUAAGAGUCUUCUCGCCGUCUGCUGCGCUGCCAAUCUUUGCUGCCACUACCAGCGUGCAGAUUCCUGGCUGCACCCAGCCUGUAUAUUCGGCAGCGGAAGGAAUACGUUUCGCUGGCACCCCUCCUCCGACCCCACCCGGCUCACCUGACACCGAGCCGCUCAAGAGCCUCUCUUCUGAUGACGAUUGGCCCUUAAAGGCGAGUUUCGAAGAUUUUCAAUCAUCGAUCGUGAGCAAUCCUGUCGAGAACACUAUUAGAGAUUCUAUACUGAAGCGCGAAUCUAUGUGCAUCCCGUGCGACCUUUGGAACAAUCGGCACUGGCGAGCUCCCGCCCCGGCCCAAACUCUUAAGAAGCUGUACUUCCAAGGAGACAUCACAUGGGAACUGCUGUGA